AUGUGUAUCUCAGGUGUCCAUCUCUCAACUGUCCUCCUCCUCCUCAUCCUUUUUACAAAAUUCACCAUUGCCACACUUCCACCAUUACACUACACCAUCACUCGUCGCGGUGGUUCAUUCCCCGCUCCCGAUACUGCUAAUCUUACUUUCCUCCAAUCCACACUCGCAGACAUAAAUGCCAGAUUCACAAAUUCCGAAAGAAUAUUGAAAGGGAAUAAAGUCGUCAGAGUGCCCAAGAGAUGGCACGAUGGCCAAAUUACCAAUUCCACAAAUUUGAAACCCCGAUCUGGAACACAUCUCCAACCAGGAACUACUCUUCUCGGUGAAGUCGGCAAUUCUGAAUCUUGGUUUACGUCAUUGAAAAUUGGCGAGCCUUCCCAGAAUGUGGAUCUUGAUCUUAAUAUGUUGACGGCGGAUUUUGCGAUUAUUAGUACGCCGAGUGGGAAGGGAAGUUUUUAUCUCGAAGAGAGGAGUGGGACCUAUAGUGUUAGUAAUGAUAAUGAAGAGGGAAAAGGGAUGAAUUUUCCGGGUUGUAGGCGUGGGAAGGAUAUUGUGGGAUUACCGUUGGGGUUUGACAUGCUUGCUGGCUUCAAAGGGGAUAGAUAUAUACCGGUCAAUUUUGCACAUUGUAGACCGCAGAAACAGUGGAUUGGUAGUCUGGGAAAUAGUGGUGCAAGUCUGGGGUUGGCUAUAGGAGAGGGGCUGGGACAAGUUGGGGGUUGGAAGGGAGGAUUGUUGGGGCAGAUUGUUAAGAGUGGAGUUGUUGAUACUGAGGUCUGGAGCUUGAUGCUGAUUAAUGGACAUGAAGGGGUGUUUAGUGUGGGAGGAUCUUCUUUCGAGGCGGUUAGAGAGGUGGAAGAAUUGAUCGAGAAGGAAUUGAAGAAACUCGAAGCAGGUAGGGUAAGUGAAUUCCAACCUCAAAAUGAUGAGUUGAAGAGGGAUGUAGAUGCCUCACAAUCUGGAAACGAUGAGUUUAAGGGGAAUUCAGAGAUAGGAUUGAUGAAGAGAGAUGAAUUUUCAUCGGAUAACAAUGAUGUGAUUUGGAAAACGAAGGAUGAAAGUGUUUGGGAAUGGAGUAAAGUUCGAGGUGCAGAUGGAUGGUGGGAAAUUCUCAUGAAAGGAAUUUGGGUUGACGGAAAUAAAGUUAUUCAGAACCAGCCGAUAGUAUUGGAUGUCAAUAGUCCCUACAUAAUCGGUCCACCACAUCAAGUCCGCAAUUUAUAUUCUUCCAUAUCCGGCUCUCGUCAACUUCCACCACCUCAUGAUCAGUUCCAUGCCUACCCGUGUUUCAAUCCACCCCACUUACUACUCGAGUUUGGCAAUUUGAGAGUCAAGGUAUUGGAUGGCAAAAGGGAUGAAGGAGGGUUUUCACCCGGAGGAAAAUUCAGCUUGGGGAGGAUGGAGAGAGGUAGUGGGUAUUGUGUGGGAAUUGUAGUAGAGGGCAGGUUUGGUAAUAUGGAUGGCCGAAGUAGAGUAGUUGAAAACGAUGGUGUGGAUGGGAAUGGAAUGGAAGAUAUGUGGAUUUUUGGAGAACCGUUGUUCAGAGAUGUACAAGUUGCUUUUGAUUGGAAAGAGAAAAGAGUUGGCAUGCAACGACUUUGA